UUGUCGGAUACGAAGACUCAACCCGCCUUCAUUCUCAAGGCCAGGGUGUGCCACAGAUCCCAACUGGCUGAAAAUUCUGGAUCAAACGGUUGAGGAUCACAGAGAUAGAAUUUGUCUUCGUUUAGUUUUUACGUGUUUAGUUUCCAUCCACAAAGGAAAUCCGAAAAAUUGUGGGGAAUCUUUUGAUUUUGAGGCGGAGUAUGCAUUAAAUAGAGAAAUAAAUCUAUGGGGUUUUAACGAAGCCACCAUAUUGAAAAAACAGACUAGGGUUAGGAAGCUCGGAUUCUGAAAUUUGUUCCUCUUGGAAAUAAAAAAAAAAACAUAUAUAUAUAUAUAUGGCUGAGCCUUGUUUGAUGGCUUCUCAUGGUUACCCUCCGGGGCUUGUUUGUCAUCAGGAUCAUGGCAUGAGCAGGGUCAUCAAGGGUUGCCAACCUUCUUUGUCAUAUCCAGGGGCUAGACAAGAGAUAACAAGACCUGACUGCCUUAGUCUCAGGUCACAUCAAGCCAAGGAGCCAUGGAAGGCUGUGAGUGGGUUGUGUGAGUCUAACCAGUUUCUCACGAUGGACUCAACAGUUAGAAGGUCUGAGCUCAUCAAUGUGCAAGAAUCUAGGCCAGACUUGGUACUCUUCAGCUCUGGAAUAGCUGAGCAAUGCACAAGACAUGAAAAAAUCAUGCGGUUUCUUAAGUCGAGACCAAGUGAGGCUGGAGGUGUUUUAGAUUUGUCUUUACUCUCUGACUUGGGUCUUCAACCAUUGACAUUUGAUUCACACCAACGACCGUCAUCUCCUUCUCUCAUUUGCCCUGAUAGUGAAUUAUUAGGACAGAAGCCCCUCAUGGACUUUGUGGGAGAUAUGACCCGCAGUUCAAAAAUCACCAUUCAUCCUGAUGGUAGAAUCUUGUUUACUAGUAGUGGAACUGAGAUGAAUGACUUCCUUUCCAUUGUUGCUGAGUUUUACUCAUCAAGAAAUUCAACUAAGUGGGCUAAUAAGUCAUUGCUGAUUCCUUAUUUUGACAGGCUGGAGAGCAGUGAAGUUCAGGUUAAUAGAUCUGCUUCAAAGACUGAAGCUGUGACUGUUGCACCUUUGAAGAGUCCUGAGAAAAUCAAAGUCAAGCCCAAGAAGAGGAACAGCAGGAAGAUGGGUAACAAAAGGAAUCUUUAUCGAAGCAGCUACUUCCAUGCAUGUGAGAAUCUCCUAUCCUUGAUGAUAAACAAAAGACAAAAUGGGAAAACAGCAAUCCUUUCAUUGAAGAAAUCUGGUCCUGAACUUCCCGAGAUCUUAACUCAGUUUUCUGCUGGCAUCGCUGGGACUGGUCUUGCUGUUCUUUUCUCUGUAAUCUGUAAAUUGGCUUGUGGGAGGGUUCCAUUAUGUGCAUCAAAAGUGUUGAAUACUGGCCUUGCAUUUGCGCUGGUUUGGCUCUCUUGGGCGGUAAAUAGACUGAGGGACGCUCUUGUCUUUAUCAGUAAGAACGCCAGCAAAAUGGAAUUGAAGGACGAGGAAAUGAUGAGAGUGGAGAAAAGUGUAAAUGAGAUAUAUUUCAGAGCUGCAACUUUGAUGGCAGUGAUUGUGCUGAGGCUUGCAUGAGCAUUGAGAAGCUAAAUUAAACCUCACGAGGAAAUGGUCAAGGUUUGCAGAACAUCCUGAUUUGGUGGAAAGUGUAAAUGUCGUAAAGCCGAGUGAGAACAAGGGUGGGUGUUAUUUGGGCUUUGUGCGUUUCUGAACCAGAGGUAGCUGAGCCAUGAAACAUGAGUAAACAAUUUCGAUUCCAAGCAAUCGCUGUCGUAGGAAUUAAGAUGACUUUAGCUCAGAUGGGGGAAAGCUCAAUCUCAUGGCUGGUUGUCAUAUGAUAACUAGACUGUAAAUUUAUGGUAGAGUUACUUGCUUGAACAUUAGAUAUGUACUUUUUCUAUUAAUUCAAUUUUUGCACGUCCAAAUCAA